AUGGAGUCCUACAUCGCAAGAAUAUCCCGAUUCGAGAGAUAUCUGGACCCAGACGACGGCCAGACCAUUAGUCUCAAGGAAUUCAAGGAACUCUGCUUCGGAGGUAAAUUCUACUUCGCUACCUACCCCUGGACAAGACACGAUGGGACAAGCUUUGUGAAGGACUUGAUCGUGGAGCCUGAGCUGGGCGAGGCAGACUUUAUCAAGGACGAGAGGGAGGAUUCGGACUGGUCGCUCUUCUUGCAGGACAACAAGACGCUGGAGCAGAUCGACAAAGAUGUCCGGAGAACACUACCGGACUUUGCAUUCUUUCAGCUCCCCAUCCCUUAUUCACCUCUCUGCCCUCUCAGUAUCGAACCCAGGACCAGGAAACCCAAGCAGCAGCCUAAGCAACAACAACCCAUGACUAGUACCAAAGCAGAUGAAGACAACACAGCCACGGCUCCAAUUGCAACGACCACUGCCACUCAUAAUAAUACUAGCAGCAACAUGAUCAACACCCUUCUUUCAGGGUCAUCGAAAUCUGCCCCAAUACUAGAAACAGGAACAUCCCAAAUCAUCAUACCCAACCACUACACACACGAUUCCACCUCCAUGCUAUCCAGGUCCUUGCCAAAAUCGCCACUUACUCCUCGGAUAAGCAUUGCCUCGGGAGGACUGCCCUUUCACCUCGACCUCGGGACAAAGGGAUCGCCCAUCGCACGGUCUAUGACCCCAACACUUAAGCGACGGCAGACUGUUACUCUUAGGUCGCCACGGGCAGAGAAGAAACCGGAAUUCCCAAAGACCGCCAACGAGCCGGACUCUUGGCCUAUUCCUGGCCAGGAUACGGAGAACGGGACUGAGACUCCUCCACUUGCUAAUGGGUUCAGGACACCGGUUGACGACACCACCACCGCCGGCAUAAAUGGAAUUGGGAGCAGCUAUUCGUCGCCUGUUCCCUCCAGGCUGAGAGGAAUGGCUUCUAAUUUGGUCGAUUCGGAGGAGGAAGAUGAAAAGCCGACGUUGCCGGACUAUCUCUUUUCGCCCAUCCCGACUCGACGAUCUCUGUUUAAGAGGGUCGCCCAUCUCAAUCAGGAUUUCGGAUCUCGCGAACAUCAACCUCACACCCUGCAGGCGAGUCGGUCUCAGGAGAACUGGAUCAAGAAGCGCAAGGAUUUGCUUAGCAAUGGGAGGAAAACUGCAGAGGCGGCAGCAGCAGCCAUGGGGACAGCCGCUUCGCCUAUCGAUGUCCCAUUGUCAUCUUCACCCGAACCCACGAUGGAGGAUCCGCAGACCAGCAGGAGAGCUGCGCUGAAGAAUCGAUGGGAUGAUGACUACAGUUUUCAGAGCAACGGGAGCAAGAGCGAGAGCCAGGACAAGGGUGAUGAUGAGGAUGAUGAAGAGGAAGAUGAUGAGUUGCCACAGGAUCUACACUGGGAGGCGAUUGAGAGGAUCUUGUUCAUCUAUGCAAAGCUGAACCCCGGAGUCGGCUAUGUCCAAGGCAUGAACGAGAUCCUUGGCCCACUCUACUACCUCCUCGCCAACGACCCCGACGAAACCAGCCGAGCACACGCGGAGGCAGAGUCAUUCUGGCUAUUCCAUCUCCUAAUGGCUCACUUCCGGGACCACUUUGUCCGUUCUCUAGACCGAGACCGAGUCAGCGGGAUCGGAUCGACCAUCGCUAGGAUGAACCUACGCCUCCGACACUUUGACGAAGACUUAUGGCAAAAUCUGGAAGACAAGGGGAUCGCACCCGAGUAUUACAGUUUCCGAUGGCUGACCGUGUUGUGUACGCAGGAGUUUGAAGUACCGGAUGUUUGGCGUAUAUGGGAUUCUGUCCUUGCGGACACGGGGGGUGUUGAGAAGGAUUAUGACUUCUUGUUAGAUUUUGGGUGUGCAAUGGUCUGCCAUCUCCGUUCCGAUCUGUUGGAUGGGGACUUUGCGGAUAAUGUGAAACUGUUGCAGAACUAUCCGCCAGUCGACAUUCAACCAAUCCUCCAGCUCGCAACGGUGAUCCGGGACCAACGCGUUAACGAAUCCUUCCACUAUGUGGUCUCUGCACCCGACCCCAAGGAGUCUGCCAACAACGGUCACCAUCAACACCAACACCAUCAACACCAACAGCAUCAACAGCAUUCUUCUAGACGAAGUAUCGAUUUCCGGACCUGGACUUCCUCCAACAAUAACAGCAACACCAGCAGUGGAGCCAACAUGAACGAUGCAGCGUCCGAUUAUGGCAAUGGUAAUGGAGGAGAAGGUGGUGGAGGAGGUGGCGAUGGAGGGUACAUGGACAACAGGAUCGAUGGUGUCCAGAACAGCGACCGGUUAGACCAUAAUUUGGAAGGGACCGACCACCGAUCGCCGAUGUAUAUACCUCGAUCUGCAACGUUCAAGAAGGACAAGCCGCCGAGUAUUUCUGGAUUGAGUCUUGAUGGAUUGUGGACGUCUCGGAGCUAUAGUACCACCAACAAUAAUGGGCCUAUGUCAGGGACGAUGACGGGUGAUAGAGGGCGAGGUGGAUGGUCGCCGUCAGGGCUGAGUGUUGACAACUAUGUAAUGAAUGGUAGCAGCGAUAGCAGUCGACCGCAGACGGGGACGUGGGCGGAGACGUUUAGUCUGUUCAAGGCCAAGUUUGUUGGAACUUCGUCUGUCUCGGGGGUCCGAUCGCCGAUCUCGCCCUGUGCUGGUAACGAGGGGGGUGAGUUGAGAAGGGAGAGUCAUGGGUCGAUUGGGCCCUUGAUCCCUUCAGCUGAGAUCUGA